GCCCGCUUGCCAGGAUCCAAGAUGGCGGUUUGCAUCGCGGUAAUCGCCAAGGAGAACUACCCUCUGUACAUUAAGAGCACCCCAACCGAAAAUGAACUCAAGUUCCACUACACAGUGCACACCUCCCUCGAUGUUGUGGACGAGAAAAUCUCAUCUAUGGGGAAGGCUCUCGUGGACCAGAGAGAGCUCUACCUGGGGCUGCUGUACCCAACAGAAGACUACAAAGUGUAUGGCUACGUGACCAACUCUAAGGUGAAGUUUGUUAUGGUGGUGGAUUCUUCCAACACGGCGCUCCGAGACAAUGAAAUCCGGAGUAUGUUCAGAAAGCUGCAUAAUUCUUACACAGAUGUAAUCUGUAACCCUUUUUACAACCCUGGGGAUCAAAUCCAGUCCAGGGCCUUUGACAACAUGGUGACAUCCAUGAUGGUGCAGGUUUGUUGAAGCUCUUGCACCUUCUCAUACCUCUUCUGCCCAAAAAGACGAGCCCCUGUACAGUAUUGUUUG